GCUUCAUCCAUCUUCAAAAAGGAGGUCUUCUAGUCUUUAUUAUGAGGCCGGACAAGAUUUGGGGUCUACAAUGUUGAAGCAUGGUUACCAUCCUGGCCAAGGACUGGGGGCAGAUUCCCAAGGCAUGAGGGAACCCCCGAAAUUCGAAGAUAAUCCUUUCAAGUAUGGCCUAGGAUAUGACCCUACUAAGGGCCGAGCAGAAGGAAGAAAAAGGGAAGUCUCCCCUCCACACACUCAAGCAGAUAUUCCGAAGCGGAGGGAUGCAAGCGUCAAAAGCUACCCUAGUCAUUAG